AUGGCAAAAGGAGGCAGCCUUCUCGCCACUCUGAUUGCCAUUGCGCUCGGAUUGGCUCUGUUGAUGGUGGCCCAGCAGUGCUUCUUGACAACGACACCGACGCCACCCUCGGGCAAUGCUCAGCCACGACACGCGCAAAACAGGGUGGACCUGCAACUCCACAAUGCGCCGAUGGUGCCAAUGGAAGGUGACUUUGCAGCUGGUUCCCUUUUCGCUGGUUCAGAAGUUCUCUCUCUUGAGGGUGCUGACCGGGACAUCAACGUUGCAAUGUUCAACAAGAAGCGCACAAAACGAGACCGAAGUGAGGGCUGGACGCUGCGAAAGAAGUUUCGCAGUUGCUCCCUUCUGGCCCGUGCCGCCACCGCGAAGGGCCGGAAGAUUCUGAAGAAGCGCAUGUGGCGUGGCAAGAAAGUGCUUGCACCUGGCGACUACUGCAACUACAAGAUGCAGAGAGUGAAGAAGUUGCGCUAG